AUGUCCCUCUCGAACGAGCUAGACCGCAUAGAUAGGGCUGCCCAGUCGGUGAAAUCGUAUGUGUUCAAAACACCAGGGAUGUUCACCAACUCCAUAGUCAAUCCACCACCAAUACAAACACUACUACGUGAUCCUACACCUGACGAGCGAAGUUUAUAUAAAGUCACUACUACACCAUUGACCCAAACGAGUACAGAUGAUCCCAAAGUGGAAAGAGUUGAUGGCAAGUCAAUGUACCAAGAAUUUGAUUUCGACGAUUCGUCAUUUAUAACAAUGAAUGAAUCAGAAAAUGUCGACUAUGAACAACCAAUUGUUAAACUACCCACGUUGUACCGCCCUGACCCUCACCCUGUCAAGAUCGAUGUUGGUUUUGAGGAAGGUGGUGACUUGUAUGAGGCGAUUGAACUAUUUGCUGCCACAAUAGACAAAUACCCAAAUGUUAUUGAAAAUUACGAUACGCUCAAAAGCAAAAUAGACAAAUUGAAACAAGAAUUCGUUGACGUAAGCAACGAGAUCCAAGAGUUGGAGCUGGAAUUGGCUAGCACGAGAAAGACAUUGUGGAAGGAGUUCAAGGUGCCUGCUGAUGAGCAUGCUGUGAGUAGUGGAGAGUUGAUUGAUCUCGACGCUGAAAUACAAAGGGAGGAGAAUGAAAUUAGACAGCUACAGGCCAUACUAGAGAAUAGGAUGUAG